GUGCAAUUGGCAAGAGACUGGUCGGAACGGCUCAGCUCAGAUCACAAUCCCUGCUCGUGAGACUCAAGAUGUUAGUAUGUGAACCCAAAUGUUAUUUGGCAAAGUAUUGACAACGUUGCAUUUGGACGUAUGAUCGAGGACUUCGAUCUAGCCGUUCUCGCCAUGGGCUCGAGGAAUUCGUUAUGAGAAAGAGAAAGUUCUGGGAGCAUUCGUUUCAGCUCGCCUGGAGGAUGGAAAGUGAAACGACGUCUACUUUGCUGCCGGCUGUAGACCCAGCCCACCAUGGCAUGACUCUGGAACAGAAAACCACCUUCGCUUUUGUAAUCUUCCUUUUUAUCUUCUUGGGAAUUCUCAUCGUAAGAUGCUUCAGGAUCCUCCUGGAUCCGUACAGGAGCAUGCCCACGUCCACAUGGGCGGACGGGCUAGACGGUUUGGAGAAAGGACAGUUCGACUAUGCAUUGGCUUGAAAAGGAGCUUGUAGUGAAAGUGGCUGCUUGAUUUUAGAGACAGUCUGUCCCCACGAUGAGACUGCAAGAACACGUUGUCAAUAGGGUUUUUCGCCAGCUGUUGGCUGUGAACUAUCUUCAGAAUGGGACAGCUGACUUACAUUUGGUAAUGGUACUAUGCAGUUCUCUAAUCGGACUGGUUGCUUGCCAAGAGCUGUGCACAGUCAGCCCGCAAAACUCAUGUCUUUAAAACUUGGAGCUGCGUUUGAUCCUCUUCCGUCGCCACGUUAUUGCCUUUCCAGCGCCGAAUGGGCGUCAAGAAAACGUAUGGAGGCGCUUUAUAUUCAGCAAGAGUGAAUGAUAAAAUCGUGGACAUCUCGAGAUAUCUGGACAUAACUAAACGUUGUGGCAUAAUUAGGAGAUUAAUACGUGUCAUUUUAGGAGAGACUCAUGCGGGUUACGUAAAAGCUUUUGUUCACAAAUUUGGACUAUUUACGUAAAAAUCUCAUGAACACAUUUGAUGUAAUUUAGUAACACUAUUAGAAGCUUCUUUACUCUUUCCUAGUGCUGAUCUUGAAGUCGACCAAGGUUUUGAUGAAGCUUUUAAUAAGAUAUAGUAGGAGUUAUGCAUCACUCAAUGAAGAGAAAGGAUGAAUUUAUUUCAGAAUGCCAAUUUUGUUAUUUUCCCGAAUGAACCAAUAAAUAAAACUAAAGCCUACCAUUGUUUGUUUAGGGUAUUUAGGUGGAGUCUUGAUUCUCAAUAUCAGAUCUUGAAUUUCAGUGAAUUUCCCUCCUCUAGUAACCCAGCAUGUACAGAAACACAUCACCUCCAUCCAAGCUGACGAUCUCACACGUCUCUUUGAGUUUAUUCCAAGCAGUCUAGGCCGGGUUGGCAGAGCAAACGUAUGAGCCCUUCCAGUCUACCUGCCAAAAUUCGCAGUUUGCCAACACAGCAGGAAGAUUUCUAUAAUUCUUGAUGAAAUUCAAAACACUCUUUCAAUGGAUUUUAGGUUACUUAUAGUCAACUAGCAAGAAACACACCUUCUUUGCCAUAUCUAAACCUUAGGUAUUUUAAUUAUGUGGUCAGUCAUCAACUAUGUGCUCAAAAAUAACUAAUUUACUAGCUCUACCAUAUUGACUUAUUUGUUCUGAAGUUCCAUUACAUCUGCAAGCGGAUACAAUAGGGUUUUUUUAAGAGGUUCUUAGAUAGGUAAAUGGAGCUUAGAAAUGUAGAGGGCUAUGUGGUAGUGUAAUUCUAGGUAGUUUUUAGAAUAGGUUACA